AGAGAGGCAGCGCACACAGCUGGAUGGACAGCAGCGUCUCGGAUGGGAAUUUUCGAGAUUUUCUUUUCAAGUUUGUCCCCCCAAAAAAAAGCAGCGGUGGGACUCGCACUUGACGCUCGAGGCGGCGCGAAUGAAACGGGAAUACGAAGACGACACGCCGCGGCUCGUUUGACGACGACUAAAGAAAAAAGAAAUACUGCCGCAUUUUGAAUGAGUUGAGUUUGAGAUUUUGCGAGCCGUGCAGAGAGCCCCCCCCCCCUCCUCCCCAGCUGAACGCAGUCAUGAUGGAGUCCAUCCUAGACAGCCUGACAGCUGACAGACUCUAUCCGGCCGGCGGCACCAACCUGUUGGACCUGGAGGAGCUCAGCGACGGAGAUUUCCUCACUAACGUGCCUUUCUCAGGUGACCAGAUGGACGACUUCAGCAGCGAAUUAUUCAGCAGUUUUUUCGAUGAUCACCUAUUAGAGCGGCCCCUCCUGACGGACAGGCCUUCUCCUUUACACAUGGACGUGGACGACAGCAGCCCAGAUAUUCAAGCAGAGCACAGCUACUCUUUAAGCGAAGACUCCGCCCCCCAGAGCCCAGCCCUGUCAAUCAAAAUGGACCAUGAGUCUGAGUUCGAGUGGAGCUUCAGUCAGGACCUCUCGGCCAUCUUGGUGAAGCAAGAGGAGCCUGAUGUGGGUCAAAGGUUAGACCCUGAGCCUCUGGAAGGCCCGCCGCUCAUAUUAAGCCCCGCACCCCCGCACCGGGGGUCGCCAUGGAAACGCACGGAGCCCGGCCCAGACAGCGGGAAGCCAGUCGCCAUCAAAGAUGAACCCAGAGAGACCGGACAGUACCUCAGCCUGCCCAGCGACGAUGCGCUCCAGCUCCCGCCCACCCCUCCCAGCAGUAACCACGGCGACAGCGACGGCUCCCUGCCUCCGUCCUCCCCGCACCUCCCUCUGCCGCCGUCUUCCCCUCAACCACAACAGAGGCCCGGACUUCGGGCCUCCUCCUCCUCCUCCUCCUCCAUCUCCUCCACAGCCAUCUCCUCCUCACCUCUCCUCACUGCCCCGCAUAAGCUGCAGGGUUCAGGACCACUCCUGCUGACAGAAGAAGAGAAGAGGACCCUGGUUGCCGAGGGCUACCCGGUACCCAACAAGCUUCCUCUCACCAAGAGCGAAGAAAAGGCCCUGAAGAGGGUCCGACGGAAGAUCAAAAACAAGAUCUCCGCUCAGGAGAGUCGGAGGAAGAAGAAAGAGUACGUGGAAUGUCUGGAGAAGAAGGUGGAGGGCUACACGUCAGAAAACAGCGACCUGUGGAUAAAAGUAGAAAACCUGGAGACGGCAAACAGGUCUCUCCUUCAGCAGCUGCAGAAGCUUCAAUCUUUGGUGUCAGGAAAGAUCAUGCCCCGCUCUUGUAAAAUGGCCUCAACCCAAACCGGGACAUGCCUGAUGAUGGUGGCCGUGUGCUUUGUCCUCGUGCUGGGCUCCUUCUCCCCCUGCUUCUCCCCCCUCUCCUUGCUCACUCACACCUCCUCUCUGUCUUCCUCCUCCAACCCCCCACAUCCUUCCUCCCCACCUCCACUUCCAUCGGCGGACCUUUACACCACCAGUCAGGUUCGGUCCCGCAGCCUUCUCUUCUACAACGAGGGGGCUCCUUUGGAGGAGAUUUCCUCAGUAGCAGCAGAGGAGGGGCGGCUACAGUCGGACAGCGCCGUCCACGCGAGCCGAUACACCGAUGACGCCCAUAAUCGGACGACCGGGCCCGAGUCCGACCGCAGAGAAACGAAACCAGAAGGGGCUUCCGCGUCCUCUGGCGCCGCCUGACGAGUCCUCCCACAACCUCUGACCCCUGAAACAGGCCGAAGAUUCCUCAGUCAGUCUGGACCAGAGACCGGAUGAGCAUUCCCUCAAUGCUCCAAGACGGCUCUGCCACACCUCAGAGGCUUGAUUUUAAAGGCACCCUCUAAUUGCAAUCUCAACUUUUAUGCAUUCAAAUAUAGCAUCUAUUAAUAUUCAGUUCAAACAAUUAACGUGGAAUAUUUUAGAGAUAUAAAAUUAAAAGCCUACAGAUGCUAUUUGUAGCAUGUUAACAAAAAUAUCGGGGCAAACUAGUGGACCUAUGCCAAAAAAUGUAAAAAGGGUUUUAUCUCAUCUUGUCGUGACAGACCUGAUGUUUAGCAAAAAAAAAGGCAGAGAGCUUUUUGUGGUCUUAAUGAGCAAAACAGAGCGAUAUACAUUUGCACCUGUUGAGAACACAUGUAUAUGGAUACUUCACUGUGGGAGAUUGUCUUUUACUUACGCUCUUUUAUUUUUUUAAUCAGUCAGAUACCAUAUGUCGACAAAGGGCAGCAACCAGUGAUUAGUUUAGUUAUUUUUGUGAUGAAUCAAUUCAUCCUCACAACUAAAGAGUUUUUUCGUGAUUCAUUUUCUGUCCGUCUGGUCGGAUAAUCGAGUGAAAACAAAUCAUGAAGAUGAACUCAUCCUUUCAAAAGGAAGCUGUGCCAUUUUAAAAGUGCCUUCCCCUUCAGAAAUAUAGACCGAGUUGGCCUUAAAGCUGAAGUCCACACACCCAGCUGUAGACCUGGAAACGUAAAUAUUUUAUUUCACGUGCCUAUCCAAUGAAAAGUUACCUUUUCUGCAUCCAAAUUCAGCGUCAUAUGAGGGGGGCGUGGCGUAUCUUCAAGGGACCGUUAAAGGGGUCCUGACAGAGGUUGGGAAAUAUGACAUAAAAGUAUUUUUAUGGAAUCAAAAAUUGCAUAUGUAAUAUAUUUGCAGCAUCAAAAAAGAGCAUAUUUUAUUUAUGCAACAAAAAAAAGAAAUACUGAACGUGUUUUUAAAAGUUAGUUGUCUUGUUCUGUUUUUCUAAAUAAUGUUUACAAAAAAAACAAAAUACAACUUAUAAUAUAUUCAGAGCAUCCAAAAAAGAGCAUAUUUAUUUUAUGCAAGAAAAAAAAAGUAAUUGUACGUUGUUUGUACGUUUUUGCAUUUAGGAUGAUGAGGUUUUACAUGAUGGUGUGUAGUCGACAUGCUGUUUCAUGGAGUGUAAAACUUUGUGUCUUUCAACUGUAAUACAGUGUUUAUGUUUCACUGCUGUCGCACGAACAACUUCUUUGUCCCGUCAUGAAUUAAAAACUGUCAUUAGCAUAUUCGGUUUAACUCAAUCAAACCUAACAAAACCAAAAAUAAGCUGCAGGAGUUAAAAUAAUUGACAUUAUGUAGAUAUUGUCCUGUCAUAGAAUAGAACUAUUGACUCAAAUGAAGCAGCGGAGGAAACAUCUCAACAUGGAUGAUAAGUGGGCUCAUGCGACAGCAGUGCAUGUUGUAUUUAUUGUAGAAAGUGUGUAUAUAUUGAUGAAGCCAAUCAGGGGACUAAUACAUUCCAGAAACUAAAUCACCACUAGCUUUGUUAUCUCAACCGGGACAGUUAGUCUUUACCACUAGUCCAACAAUGUGAGAAAAGAAAACAAUUAAUUAAACCAGUAAAUGUCAAACUUCAGACUCUGGAGGACAUAAUUACGAUUCAGAAUGAUCAAAUACUCAGAAAUCCUAUUUUUUUAUAAUCUUUUCACAAGUUUUUCCUCAUUCACCACUGUAUUCAUUGGAUCUUGUGUCCCUCAAACUGUGUAAAAACAUCAUGUGACUGCAGCCACAGACGUCCAGUCUUUCUCCCCAUAACAGUCUUUCAGCACCGUUGUACAUAAAUAAUGUCGACCUAAUGUGCAGUUGUUGUAAAUAAGGGCCUUGUUUUUGUUUUAUUGUGACACGGUCCAAGAUUUUAACCUGUGGAAGCACUUAGAAAGAAAAAAAAAUGAGAAAACUUUUGGAUUUUUGGGGAAAGAAUAUGUAAAGAGUGGGGGAAGGGGUGGGGGGG